ACAUGUGAUGAAUCAAUGCUUCCAGAGCAGGGGCUUCUGAGUGACUGCGGGAACAAUUAUUUCCAAAUGAACUCGUGCAUCCUAACAGGGAGCGUUCAGACCACACCCCAGGUCUCUUCUGGUGAUUCUGAAGCCAAACCGCUGAUGUUCAGCUUUGUCCCUACCAUUGGAAGACUUCCAGCCCAUAUUCAGUUGGCCAACACUUCCAAAUACCUUGUUAGAAUUCCUGAGGAGCCAGGUGAUAAGAGUCCAGAAACUGUAAAUAGGUCUAAAUCCACUGACGUGACCUUUAACAGUGGGAACAAUCAAGAGACAGUCCAAGGGACGCUGACUGGUCUAUCACAGGUCUGUGAAAAGAAUUCACAAGGAGGAAUAUUUAAAGCAAACGAUCUUCAAGGAAUGCAGCAAGGUGAUCUCUUCAAGGCUGAAUAUGUGUUUAUUGUGGACUCUGAAGGGGAAGAAGAAGUUACUAGCAGAAAAGCUGAUCAGGAGACACCAGGGCGCACAGGCAACACACUGGCCCGGCCCAAGUCCCUAGCUAUCUCCUCCAGUCUGGUCCCUGAUGUGGUGCGUCCCAAAGUAUGGGGGCCCGAACCCAAGACCAUGUCACGUACUGAAGCUCCUCAGGAGAUGGCCUCCCAACAAAGACAUGGACAGCAAUACAAGACCAAGUCCAGCUACAAGGUUUUUGCAGCAAUCCCUACAAACACAUUGCUUUUGGAACAGAAGGCGCUAGAUGCACCAGCCCAGGCUGAAAAUGUCUCCCAGGACAGCUCCCGAGACCUACCCCUGGAGUUGUGUUUCCCUGCACAGCUCAGGCAGCAAACCGAAGAGCUCUGUGCUACCAUUGAUAAGGUCUUGCAGGAUUCCUUGUCUAUGCAUUCUUCUGAUUCUUCUUCAAGGUCUCCAAAGCAGACAUUGCUGGGUUCUGAAACAAUCAAAACUCCUCCAACUCUUCCAAGAGCAGCCGGUCGAGAAACCAAAUACGCAAAUCUCUCAUCAGUGUCCUCUGCAGCCUCCGAAGGUCAGCUGACAAAGCCUGGAGUAAUUCGCCCAGUACCUAUAAAAUCCAAAAUAUUACUGAAGAAAGAGGAAGAAGAAGUCUACGAGCCAAAUCCUUUCAGUAAAUACCUGGAUGAUAACAGUGGCCUCUUUUCUGAACAGGACGUGACAGCCCCUCCCAAGCCAGUUUCGCUCCAUCCUUUAUACCAGACUAAACUAUAUCCUCCUGCUAAGUCUCUGCUGCGCCCACAGACCAUCUCGCACACCGACUGCCUUAGCCCAGGGCCCUUCGGUCAUUUGUCCUCCUCCUCCCUGCAUGACGAGCAGAGCUCUCACGCCCUCUUUAGCCACAUCGCAUGUGACAAGCUGGGUCAUCCAUUGGUGGCUAUUCCUGAACAUGAAACUCUUGAUUCCAAAGAGGCUGAGUUCUAAAAGUCAUAGUAGAGAGUGAGAUACAAACACCUCUUCCAAUCACCUGCUGCCUGAAGCCCAGGACUAUAUUCUUUUCAACAUGAAGGUCAAUUAAUUUCCAAAAACAGGAUCAGAUGCAUUUGAUUCUGAUCUCUCAGAUUUACUUGUUAUUAACACGACUAGCUGCUGAUAAAACACAUACCUGGCAGAUUGUUCUCUGGUUUUCUUACUCCUUAUCUUUGCAGAUUUUGAUAAAUAUUUAAGGGUGAUCAUGAUUACAAUUCAGACAGGAAGGUGACUGUGAAUUACCACCAGACUAUGACUUAUUUGCCACUUUGUGGUAUAUAAGGUUUUCCCAUUCACUUUAUUUUGAAUUUCAGAACCUCUGCUUAUGUCUAAGGUUUUUAUAAAAUAAGUCUAUUUCUCUUCCUGCAUUCUUUAGAUGAACAUAGAGAAACUCAGCAACUUGUUCAGGGAGCCACCCUCGCACUCUGGUUUAAUUCAAAGGUGAAGAUGCAGUUAUCAAGAAGACUAGACUCACUCACUUUAUUUUCUUGGGGAAGUUUCCAAAAAAUAUGAUUUCUCAGAAUAGCGGCUUAGUAAAUCAUGUUGCUGAGUUCAAAGUCUUGAUCUCAGGCAAGAACUUGGAAUCUGGAUUAUUGCCUGAUGAUUAGAAGAAAGUUCACAUACUUUAACAAGACAACUGACCAAAGGACCAGAAAAAUUUCUUACAAAAAUAAAUCCACUUAAUGCAGGCAACUCAAGAAAUAGCCAUUUUUUCCAGGCAUCUAGAUGGCUCCAGAUUUGACAAAAAAUGGACCAUCAAAAUGAUUUUUCUGUCAUUUAUUCUUGUCCUGUGUCUCUAGCCUGUUUUGGAGAAAUACAGAAAUAAUAAUAAUCAUUAAAAGCUAAUAUAUGAAGCAUUUUAUAAUUCACUAAGCAGGAAACCAGACUGUGAUGUAUAUUAUAAGAAUCUAAGGGGUUGUAAAUAUAGGAAGAACACUCACUCUCCACAAAACCGAAAUGACAUGAUCCAUUGUACACAUAUAUAAUGAUAAAAUAAUUCAGUUCAGUCUCAACUAAGAGGAAAUGCUUUACCACUUAAAGGACAACUUCACCUGAUAAUUUGACUUUUACACACAGCAAAACAAACCCUGUUCUUGGAGCCAGAGGUAGUUUAACAACUUAGACCUAGGUACCAGCCAGAUUUAGUGGUCUCACCUUGCUUGGGAUGAGGAGACAGGGAGACUGUGUUCUUUAGGUGUUAAGGUUCCAAGGGUGUGCCCCCAGCUCCGGCCCCCAGUACGGGGCUGGCAAUCAGGGUCUGCACAAUGACCUACACUCCCAGCCAUUUAAGUGGGCUUCUUUGUUUUGUUUUGCAACUUGGUCUCACUAAGUGGCUAAGUUGCUUAGACUGUGCUCAAACUUGUGAUUGCCAGGCUCCCAGAAGAUGGUUCACAGCCCUUGGGAAAGACUUUCCUGGGUUUUACAAAAGGACCAAUCCAGUUUUUUCUACUCCCCUGUCCCUGCCUUCUGUUCCCCUCCCUUCCUUCCUCCCUUCCCCUUUCCUUCCUUCCUUCCUUCCUUCCUGCCUUCCUGCCUUCCUGCCUUCCUGCCUUCCUGCCUUCCUGCCUUCCUGCCUUCCUCCGCCCUCCCUGUUUUCUUCUCUCCUUCCCCUUCCCCCCUUCCCCCUUCCCUCCUGUCCCCCCUCUUCCCCUUAGCUUCCUCCCCCCUCCCUCCUUCCCUUCCUACCUUCCUUCCGUCCUUAUUUCUGGUGAUUGAAUCCAGGGCAUUUGCGCAGAGCUACACCCUCAACCCCUUUUUAAAUCUGGAGACACUGUCUUGUGAAACUGCUAUGUUGCACAGGCUGAGCUCCAGCUUCCUCCUUUAGCCUGUCACCUGCCUGGUCCCAUCUGGUUCUCUAAGGUUUUUAUUGCCCCUUAAGGAAGGGAAUAAAGUACUUAGAAUGGCAAGUCUCCCAGAGAGAGGAAGAGGAGAGAACUUCAUUUCAUCUUCAUUUCAACUUCAUCCUGAAACUGAAAGAUUCUGACUGAAAGCAACCACUAGAAAAAAGGAAACAUGUCUUAUUUUUCUCUUCUGGGAAUUCAAGUUUACUACAGGCUAGAUGGGAGUCUGACAAUUGCAGUUUCUCCUUGAAAUUCAUCUCAGUAGGUUCAAGUUAGAGUUGGUAUUUAGUAAGUACUAACACUGAGCAAUCAUUAGACAUAGACGGACUUACAAGCCCUCUGUCUGGAGCCUUCAGAAGACGAUUUCUAGACUUUUCAACUGAAAAUGAGUGGUUAGAGGGAAGUUACUAACUCUUUGAAACUCAGGUCUUCUACAAAGGGGUGGCUCUGACUCCGGACGCAAUGGUGCGCGAUCCGGGGGUCACACACCUCCAGUUCUGUCAUGCUGCCUUUACAGCAUGUUAGCUACUGAGCAUUUUAUACAUAAUCAACUCAAUAAAUUCCAGUGCCUGACCUAUGUUUUUAUAUCAAAAUUAAUAGUUACACACGAGACAAA